CCAAGAACAGUCAUUCAAUCAACACCAGUCAGUCAGUAAACGUAGACUUAUAUUCGUGAGAAAACUCACUGAUUUGUGUAUAUAAAAGUUCCUGAACAGAGCCAUGUCCACCGAUACGAGAGGAGUUGUAUUGUCCGGAAUUGAAUUAGCAAGAGAAAUCCGUGAGGGAUUAAUUAAAGAUGUGAAUGCCUUAAAAGAAAAAUUGCGCAAUUUUGCACCAGGCCUGGCUAUCGUCCAGGUAGGCGCAAGGGAAGAUUCAAAUGUCUACAUAAAGAUGAAAAUUAGCGCGGCUCGUCAAAUUGGAAUCGACGUUCAACAUUAUCAGCUUCCUAAUACCACAACGGAAAUAGAGCUCAUCAACGAAAUUAGCAAGCUGAAUGAUGAUCCAAAUGUUCAUGGAAUUAUUGUACAAAUGCCGCUCGACAGUGUCAAUAAAAUCAAUUCUCAUUUGAUCACCGAUCUUGUAUCACCGGCGAAAGACGUUGAUGGAUUAAACACUAUUAAUGAAGGUCGAGUUGCGAUCGGUGAUCUAUCUGGAUUUUUGCCAUGCACACCUAAUGGAUGUAUCGAAUUAAUUAAAAGGAGCGGCGUGCCUAUUGCUGGUGCUCAAGCCGUUGUUUUAGGAAGGAGCAAAAUUGUUGGCACUCCCGUUGCCGAAUUAUUAAAGUGGCAUAAUGCCACUGUAACAGUCUGUCAUUCAAAGACAAAGAAUCUUUCUGAUGUUGUUCGUCAAGCUGAUAUUUUGGUAGUAGGUAUAGGACAGCCUGAAUUAGUUAAAGGUAAUUGGAUUAAACCAGGCGCCGUUGUUAUCGAUUGUGGCAUCAAUCCCAUACCAGAUUCUACGAAGAAAAGCGGACAACGUUUGGUGGGCGACGUAGAUUACGAGGAAGCUGCCAAGGUAGCUUCGUAUAUCACACCGGUACCAGGCGGCGUUGGGCCGAUGACAGUAGCGAUGUUGAUGAAAAACACCGUAUUAUCCGCACAAAAAAUGGCGCAAAAAUUCCUUAAUCUUCAAUGGAAAUUACAAAUUCUUAAACUGAAUCCUGUGAGACCUGUACCGAGUGACAUUAACAUCUCCAGAAGUCAACAGCCAAAACCGAUUGCUACAUUAGCCGAAGAAAUCGGCCUGUUAUCAAACGAGUUUAGUCCUUAUGGCAGCAAAAAAGCCAAGGUCGGUCUCCGCGUGUUACAACGAUUGAAGGAUCAGCCAAAUGGAAAGUAUGUCGUGGUGGCGGGCAUCACGCCGACGCCGUUCGGCGAAGGAAAAAGUACGACUUCCCUUGGAUUGGUACAGGCAUUGACAGCGCAUAGAGGCAUAAAUUCUUUCGUCAAUCUUAGACAACCUAGUCAGGGACCCACAUUCGGUGUUAAAGGCGGAGCUGCUGGAGGAGGAUAUUCACAGGUAAUUCCUAUGGAAGAGUUCAAUUUACACUUGACUGGGGAUAUUCAUGCCGUCACUGCUGCAAAUAAUCUUCUCGCGGCACAAGUCGAUGCGCGAUACUUUCAUGAGACAACUCAGAGCGAUAAAGCCUUAUACGAUAGACUGGUACCGAGCAUUAAGGGUGUCAGACAGUUCUCGAAGAUCCAGCUAAGACGAUUGCAAAAACUUGGCAUCACGAAAACCGACCCGAACGCGUUAACGGAAGAGGAACAAAGUCGAUUUGCAAGACUAGACAUUGAGCCGACCAACGUCACAUGGACGCGAGUGGUGGAUAUCAACGAUCGUUAUUUACGAAAAAUCACCAUUGGUCAGAGUCCAACCGAAAAAGGCAAGACACGAGAAACCUCGUUUCGUAUUUCCGUUGGAUCUGAAGUAAUGGCCAUUCUAGCAUUAUCGACUGAUGUCGAGGACAUGAAAAGACGACUUGGUAACAUUGUUGUUGGAUUUAACAAAAGCGGCGAACCCUUAACUGCUGAAGAUUUUGGUAUGACGGGAGCAAUGGCAAUUCUGCUAAAAGAUGCUAUAGAACCGACACUUAUGCAAUCUUUGGAGGGAACACCAGUAAUGGUACAUGCUGGACCGUUCGCUAACAUAGCCCACGGUUGUUCAUCUAUUAUCGCGGAUGCUAUUGCCCUAAAAUUAGUCGGACAACAAGGCAUUGUGGUAACAGAAGCCGGAUUCGGAUCAGAUAUCGGCCUGGAAAAAUUCUUUAACAUCAAGUGUCGCGCCUCAGGACACGUACCGAAUGCCGUCGUGCUCGUAGCGACUAUCAGAGCAUUGAAAAUGCACGGCGGUGGACCACCGGUGACAACUGGGGCACCCCUGAAGAAAGAGUAUCUCGAAGAAAAUAUCGAACUUGUUAGAAAAGGCUUACCAAAUUUACGAAAACAUAUUAGCAAUUGCUUGAAAUACGGCGUGCCCGUAGUUGUCGCUAUCAACUCUCAUACUACCGAUACCCCAGGAGAAUUAGAAGUCGUUAAGCAAGCAGCAUUGGAGAGCGGUGCAUCUGAUGCAGUAGUAUGCACUCAUUGGGCCGACGGUGGGCCAGGUGCCUUAGCGCUUGCGGAUGCAGUGAUAGCCGCUACUGAAAAACCUACCAAUUUCAAGCUGUUGUACGAUCUCGAGGAUAGUAUCGAGGAGAAAAUCAAUAAAAUCGCUAAAGAAAUGUAUGGUGCUGGCCAAGUCGUUUUUACGGAAGAAGUGCAAAAAAAGAUUGAAAAUUAUAACAAGUUAGGAUACAACAAAUUCGCAAUAUGUAUGGCAAAAACAGCGAAUUCUGUAACUGGAGAUCCAUCUAUCAAAGGCGCACCAACCGGUUUCACUCUCAAUAUUACAAAUAUAUUCGUUUCGGUUGGCGCUAGAUUUGUUGUUCCUAUGGUGGGUGAGAUUAUGAUGAUGCCUGGACUUUCAACUAGACCAAGUAUCUAUGACAUGGAUUGGAAUAGCGAAACAGAUGAAAUAGAAGGCCUAUUUUGAAAGAGUUAUUUUUCAGUAGAAGAAACAUUUCUAUACGUGAUGUAUAUUAAUAAAUUUUCAGCAGUUUUCUUUUUUUCAUAUAUCACAAUAUAAAUAAUAAUUUUUUUUUACUCAA